CCUCUGCCCCGUGCGCCCCCCAAACCCCACCCUUCUCUUAUCCCCGUCACCUAUCCGCCGGCGCGCCGCCCGCCGGCCACCUCCACCUCGCCGGCGAGAUGCUGACCUGCGGCCGCUUCCUCUCCUCCUCCGCGGCCACAACCACCGCCUCCUUCUCCCCGCUCCGGACCCUCACCCGCUCCCUCCUCCGCCGGCCCCACCCCCGCCUCCUCUCCUCCGCCUCCGCCGCCGCCACGACCGCCGUUGAGCCCGACACCAAAGGCGGCGGCGGCGGCGCGGGUGGAGGAGGUGGUGGCGCGGUGAGGCCGCAGUGGAAGGCGGCGAUUGACUUCAAGUGGAUCCGGGACAACCGGGACGCCGUCGCUGACAAUAUCCGGAGCAGGAACUCUGCCGCCAACCUCGACCUCGUCCUCGAGCUGUACGACCAGUACCUCGCGCUGCAGAAGGAGGUUGAACGGCUCCGAGCUGAAAGAAAUGCAGUUGCUAACAAGAUGAAAGGGAAACUAGAUCCAUCAGUGCGCCAAGCCCUUGUUGAAGAAGGCAAGAACCUGAAAAAGACGCUUAUUGGACUUGAAGAGGAUCUUGUUGAGCUGACUGAUAAGCUUCAACUUGAAGCACAAAGUAUUCCUAACGCUACACAUCCAGAUGUUCCUGUAGGCAGUGAAGAAAGCUCUGUUGUCCGGAAGGAGGUAGGAAGUCAGAGGAGCUUCAAUUUCACAAUCAAAGAUCACCUUCAGCUUGGAAAGGAACUUGAUUUAUUUGAUUUUGAUGCAGCAGCCGAGGUCAGUGGUUCAAAGUUCUACUACUUAAAGAAUGAAGCUGUUUUGUUGGAGAUGGCCCUUAUAAAUUGGGCUAUUUCAGAGGUCUCGAAAAAGGGUUUCACACCACUCAUAACUCCAGAGAUUGUGCGGUCAUCUGUUGUUGAGAAAUGCGGCUUCCAGCCAAGGGCCCAAAACACUCAGGUCUACUCAAUAGAGAACAGCGAUCAGUGUCUCAUAGGAACUGCUGAAAUUCCUGUUGGAGGCAUCCACAUGGAUUCAAUACUUCUCGAUUCUGCUUUGCCUUUAAAAUAUGUAGCCUAUUCACACUGUUUUCGCACGGAAGCUGGUGCAGCAGGUGCUGCCACUAGGGGCCUCUAUCGAGUACAUCAAUUUAGCAAAGUUGAGAUGUUCAUAUUCUGUCGGCCAGAGGAAAGUGACAAAUGGCAUGAAGAACUUAUUACGAUUGAAGAGGAUCUUUAUGCUUCACUUGGACUUCAUUUCAAAACUUUGGACAUGGCAACUGGAGAUUUGGGUGCACCAGCUUACCGGAAAUUUGACAUUGAGGCAUGGAUGCCAGGCCUCGAGCGAUAUGGUGAGAUCUCCAGUGCAUCUAACUGCACAGACUAUCAAAGUAGGCGACUUGGCAUCCGUUACCGUCCAACACCCUCAGAGCCUCCACCAGCGAAUGCCAAGAAAGGGAAGGCAGCUGGCGGGCCUACUCAAUUUGUCCAUACACUAAACGCAACGGCUGUUGCAGUGCCUCGUCUGAUAGUAUGCAUUCUUGAGAAUUUUCAACAGGACGAUGGGUCGAUUGUGAUUCCUGAGCCUCUAAGACCCUUCAUGGGUGGACUCGAGGUGCUCUCCCCAAAAUCCAAGUGACCGUAAAGUCACCCACAGUAGUUAAGCUUACGGUAUCAGUGAAAAAUUGAGCUGUAUGUGUCACGUACAAGUGACACGAGGGUCAUUACAAUAUUGAGUUUCGUGAUUUGGGCUCGUGUUUCAUAACGCCUCUUAAAAAUAAUCUUUUUUUUAAUUAUGUAAUGUAGCACACACUGUAUCGAUCAGGUACUCUGCAUAGCAUUACUAAGAUUAUGCCUUCACUUAGC